AUGCUUGGAAUGAGCGCUUCUACCCCCAAAUUCUCGGUUCACUCCCUGGCACUUUCUAGCAUAAUCGGAGGUCCCCCCGAGACGCGAAAACAGCCGCACCGGUACAGGUCAUGGAGCAGGCAAUUUUCCGUCAUGGAGCUCCAUGACCAAUCAUUCUCGCUUCACUCCCUGGCACUUUCCAGCAUAAUCGGAGGUCCCCCCGAGACGCGAAAACAGCCGCACCGGUACAGGUCAUGGAGCAGGCAAUUUUCCGUCAUGGAGCUCCAUGAGCAAUCAUUCUCGGUUCACUCCUUGGCACUUCCAAGCAUAAUCGGAGGUCCCCCCGAGACGCGAAAACAACCGCACCGGUACAGGUCAUGGAGCAGGCAAUUUUCCGUCGUGGAGCUCCAUGACCAAUCAUUCUCGGUUCACUCCCUAACACCUUCCAGCAUAAUUUCAGGUCCCCCCGAGACGCGAAAACAGCCGCACCGGUACAGGUCAUGGAGCAGGCAAUUUUCCGUCGUGGAGCUCCAUGACCAAUCGUCAUGGAGCAGGCAAUUUUCCGUCGUGGAGCUCCAUGACCAAUCAUUCUCGGUUCACUCCCUGGCACUUUCCAGCAUAAUCGCAGAGCUCUAUGACCAAUCAUUCUCGGUUCACUCCCUGGCACUUUCCAGCAUAAUUGCAGGUCCCCCCGAGACGCGAAAACAACCGCACCGGUACAGGUCAUGGAGCAGGCAAUUUUCCGUCGUGGAGCUCCAUGACCAAUCAUUCUCGGUUCACUCCUUGGCACUUUCCAGCAUAAUUGGAGUUCCCCCCGAGACGCGAAAACAGCCGCACUGGUACAGGUCAUGGAGCAGGCAAUUUUCCGUCGUGGAGCUCCAUGACCAAUCAUUCUUGGUUCACUCCCUGGCACUUUCCAGCAUAAUCGGAGGUCCCCCCGAGACGCGAAAACAGCCGCACCGGUACAGGUCAUGGAGCAGACAAUUUUCCGUCGUGGAGCUCCAUGACCAAUCAUUCUCGGUUCACUCCCUGGCACUUUCCAGCAUAAUCGAAGCCCCGAGACGCGAAAACAGCCGCACUGGUACAGGUCAUGGAGCAGGCAAUUUUCCGUCGUGGAGCUCCAUGACCAAUCAUUCUCGCCCCGAGACGCGAAAACAGCCGCACCGGUACAGGUCAUGGAGCAGGCAAUUUUUUAUCGUGGAGCUCUAUGACCAAUCAUUCUCGGUUCACUCCCUGGCACUUUCUAGCAUAAUCGGAGGUCCCCCCGAGACGCGAAAACAGCCGCACCGGUACAGGUCAUGGAGCAGGCAAUUUUCCGUCGUGGAGCUCCAUGACCAAUCAUUCUCGGUUCACUCCUUGGCACUUUCCAGCAUAAUUGGAGUUCCCACCGAGACGCGAAAACAGCCGCACUGGUACAGGUCAUGGAGCAGGCAAUUUUCCGUCGUGGAGCUCCAUGACCAAUCAUUCUCGGUUCACUCCCUGGCACUUUCUAGCAUAAUCGGAGCCCCGAGACGCGAAAACAGCCGCACCGGUACAGGUCAUGGAGCAGACAAUUUUCCGUCGUGGAGCUCCAUGACCAAUCAUUCUCGCCCCGAGACGCGAAUACAGUCGCACCGGUACAGGUCAUGGAGCAGACAAUUUUCCGUCGUGGAGCUCUAUGACCAAUCAUUCUCGGUUCACUCCCUGGCACUUUCCAGCAUAAUUGCAGGUCCCCCCGAGACGCGAAAACAGCCGCACCGGUACAGGUCAUGGAGCAGACAAUUUUCCGUCGUGGAGCUCCAUCACCAGUCAUUCUCGGUUCACUCCUUGGCACUUUCCAGCAUAACCGGAGUUCUCCCCGAGACGCGAAAACAGCCGCACCGGUACAUGCCAUGGAGCAGGCAAUUUUCCGUCGUGGAGCUCCAUGACCAAUCAUUCUCGCUUCACUCCCUGGCCCUUUCUAGCAUAAUCGGAGGUCCCCCCGAGACGCGAAAACAACCGCACCGGUACAGGUCAUGGAGCAGACAAUUUUCCGUCGUGGAGCUCCAUGACCAAUCAUUCUCGGUUCACUCCCUGGCACUUUCCAGCAUAAUCGGAGGUCCCCCCGAGACGCGAAAACAGCCGCACUGGUACAGGUCAUGGAGCAGGCAAUUUCUCGUCGUAGAGCUCCAUGACCAAUCAUUCUCGGUUCACUCCCUGGCACUAUCCUGCAUAAUCGCAGUCUCGGUUCACUCCCCGUCACUUUCCAGCAUAAUCGGAGGUCCGCAAUUUUCCGUCGUGGAGCUCCAUGACCAAUCAUUCUCGGUUCACUCCUUGGCACUUUCCAGCAUAAAUUUAGGUCCCCCCGAGACGCGAAAACAACCGCACCGGUACAGGUCAUGGAGCAGGCAAUUUUCCGUCGUGGAGCUCCAUGACCAAUCAUUCUCGGUUCACUCCCUGGCACUUUCUAGCAUAAUCGCAGGUCUCCCCGACAUGCGAAAACAGCCGCACCGGUACAGGUCAUGGAGCAGGCAAUUUUCCGUCGUGGAGCUCCAUGACCAAUCAUUCUCGGUUCACUCCCUGGCACUUUCCAGCAUAAUCGCAGCCCCGAGACGCGAAAACAGCCGCACCGGUACAGGUCAUGGAGCAGGCAAUUUUCCGUCGUGGAGCUCCAUGACCAAUCAUUCUCGCUUCACUCCCGGGCACUUUCCAGCAAAAUCAGAGACGCGAAAACAACCGCACCGGUACAGGUCAUGGAGCAGGCAAUUUUCCGUCGUGGAGCUCCAUGACCAAUCAUUCUCGGUUCACUCCCUGGCACUUUCUAGCAUAAUCGGAGGUCCCCCCGAGACGCGAAAACAGCCGCACUGGUACAGGUCAUGGAGCAGGCAAUUUUCCGUCGUGGAGCUCCAUGACCAAUCAUUCUCGGUUCACUCCCUGGCACUUUCCAGCAUAAUUGCAGGUCCCCCCGAGACGCGAAAACAGCCGCACCGGUACAGGUCAUGGAGCAGGCAAUUUUCCGUCGUGGAGCUCCAUGACCAAUCAUUCUCGGUUCACUCCCUGGCACUUUCCAGCAUAAUUGCAGCCCCGAGACGCGAAAACAGCCGCACCGGUACAGGUCAUGGAGCAGGCAAUUUUCUGUCGUGGAGCUCCAUGACCAAUCAUUCUCGCCCCGAGACGCGAAAACAACCGCACCGGUACAGGUCAUGGAGCAGACAAUUUUCCGUCGUGGAGCUCCAUGACCAAUCAUUCUUGGUUCACUCCCUGGCACUUUCCAGCAUAAUCGGAGCCCCGAGACGCGAAAACAGCCGCACUGGUACAGGUCAUGGAGCAGGCAAUUUUCCGUCGUGGAGCUCCAUGACCAAUCAUUCUCGGUUCACUCCUUGCCCCGAGACGCGAAAACAGCCGCACCGGUACAGGUCAUGGAGCAGGCAAUUUUCCGUCGUGGAGCUCUAUGACCAAUCAUUCUCGGUUCACUCCCUGGCACUUUCCAGCAUAAUUGCAGACGAAAAACAGCCGCACCGGUACAGGUCAUGGAGCAGGCAAUUUUCCGUCGUGGAGCUCCAUGACCAAUCAUUCUCGGUUCACUCCUUGGCACUUUCUAGCAUAAUCCGAGUUCCCCCCGAGAUGCGAAACCAGCCGCACCGGUACAGGUCAUGGAGCAGGCAAUUUUUCGUCGUGGAGCUCCAUGACCAAUCAUUCUCGGUUCACUCCCUGGCACUUUCCAGCAUAAUCGCAGGUCCCCCCGAGACGCGAAAACAGCCACACAAGUAUAGGUUAUGGAGUAGGCAAUUUUCCGUCGUGGAGCUCCAUGACCAAUCAUUCUUGGUUCACUCCCUGGCACUUUCCAGCAUAAUCGCAGCCCCGAGACGCGAAAACAGCCGCACUGGUACAGGUCAUGGAGCAGGCAAUUUUCCGUCGUGGAGCUCCAUGACCAAUCAUUCUCGCCCCGAGACGCGAAAACAGCCGCACUGGUACAGGUCAUGGAGCAGGCAAUUUUCCGUCGUGGAGCUCCAUGACCAAUCAUUCUCGGUUCACUCCCUGGCACUUUCCAGCAUAAUCGCAGCCCUGAGACGCGAAAACAGCCGGACUAGUACAGGUCAUGGAGCAGGCAAUUUUCCGUCGUGGAGAUCCCUGACCAAUCAUUCUCGGUUCACUCCUUGCCCCAAGAUGCGAAAACAGCAGCACCGGUACAGGUCAUGGAGCAAGCAAUUUUCCGUCGUGGAGCUCCAUGACCAAUCAUUCUCGGUUCAGUGCCAAGCACUUUCCAGCAUAAUCGCAGGUCCCCCCGAUACGCGAAAACAGCCGCACCGGUACAGGUCAUGGAGCAGGCAAUUUUCCGUCGUGGAGCUCCAUGACCAAUCAUUCUCGGUUCACUCCCUGGCACUUUCCAGCAUAAUCGGAGGUCUCCCCGAGACGCGAAAACAGCCGCACCGGUACAGGUCAUGGAGCAGGCAAUUUUCCGUCGUGGAGCUCCAUGACCAAUCAUUCUCGGUUCACUCCUUGGCACUUUCCAGCAUAAUCGCAGCCCCGAGACGCGAAAACAGCCGCACCGGUACAGGUCAUGGAGCAGGCAAUUUUCCGUCAUGGAGCUCCAUGACCAAUCAUUCUCGCCCCGAGACGCGAAAACAGCCGCACCGGUACAGGUCAUGGAGCAAGAAAUUUUCCGUCGUGAAGCUCCAUGACCAAUCAUUCUCGGUUCACUCCCUGGCACUUUCUAGCAUAAUCGGAGGUCCCCCCGAGACGCGAAAACAGCCGCACCGGUACAGGUCAUGGAGCAGGCAAUUUUCCGUCGUGGAGCUCCAUGACCAAUCAUUCUCGGUUCACUCCCUGGCACUUUCUAGCAUAAUCGGAGGUCCCCCCGAGACGCGAAAACAGCCGCACCAGUAUAGGUCAUGGAGCAGGCAAUUUUUCGUCGUGGAGCUCAAUGACCAAUCAUUCUCGGUUCACUCCCUGGCACUUUCCAGCAUAAUUGCAGCCCCGAGACGCGAAAACAGCCGCACUGGUACAGGUCAUGGAGCAGGCAAUUUUUCGUCGUGGAGCUCCAUGACCAAUCAUUCUCGCCCCGAGACGCGAAAACAGCCGCACCGGUACAGGUCAUGGAGCAGGCAAUUUUCUGUCGUGGAGCUCUAUGACCAAUCAUUCUCGGUUCACUCCCUGGCACUUUCCAGCAUAAUUGCAGGUCCCCCCGAGACGCGAAAACAGCCGCACCGGUACAGGUCAUGGAGCAGACAAUUUUCCGUCGUGGAGCUCCAUGACCAAUCAUUCUCGGUUCACUCCCUGGCACUUUCCAGCAUAAUUGCAGGUCCCCCCGAGACGCGAAAACAGCCGCACUGGUACAGGUCAUGGAGCAGGCAAUUUUCCGUCGUGGAGCUCCAUGACCAAUCAUUCUCGGUUCACUCCCUGGCACUUUCCAGCAUAAUCGCAGGUCUCCCCGAGACGCGAAAACAGCAGCAGCGGUACAGGUCAUGGAGCAGGCAAUUUUCCGUCGUGGAGCUCCAUGACCAAUCAUUCUCGGUUCACUCCCUGGCACUUUCCAGCAUAAUCGAAGCCCUGAGACGCGAAAACAGCCGGACUAGUACAGGUCAUGGAGCAGGCAAUUUUCCGUCGUGGAGCUCCAUGACCAAUCAUUCUCGGUUCACUCCUUGCCCCGAGACGCGAAAACAGCCGCACCGGUACAGGUCAUGGAGCAAGCGAUUUUCCGUCGUGGAGCUCCAUGACCAAUCAUUCUCGGUUCACUGCCAAGCACUUUCCAGCAUAAUCGCAGGUCCCCCCGAGACGCGAAAACAGCCGCACUGGUACAGGUCAUGGAGCAGGCAAUUUUCCGUCGUAGAGCUCCAUGACCAAUCAUUCUCGGUUCACUCCCUGGCACUUUCCAGCAUAAUUGCAGGUCCCCCCGUGAUGCGAAAACAGCCGCACCGGUACAGGUCAUGGAGCAGGCAAUUUUCCGUCGUGGAGCUCCAUGACCAAUCAUUCUCGGUUCACUCCCUGGCACUUUCUAGCAUAAUCGCAGGUCUCCCCGAGACGCGAAAACAGCCGCACCGGUACAGGUCAUGGAGCAAGCAAUUUUCCGUCGUGGAGGUCCAUGAACAAUCAUUCUUGGUUCACUGCCAAGCACUUUCCAGCAUAAUCGCAGGUCCCCCCGAGACGCGAAAACAGCCGCACCGGUACAGGUCAUGGAGCAGGCAAUUUUCCGUCGUGGAGCUCCAUGACCAAUCAUUCUCGGUUCACUCCUUGGCACUUUCCAGCAUAAUCACAGGUCUCCCCGAGACGCGAAAACAGCCGCACCGGUACAGGUCAUGGAGCAGGCAAUUUUCCGUCGUGGAGCUCCAUGACCAAUCAUUCUCGGUUCACUCCCUGGCACUUUCUAGCAUAAUCGGAGGUCCCCCCGAGACGCGAAAACAGCCGCACCGGUACAGGUCAUGGAGCAAGAAAUUUUCCGUCGUGGAGCUCCAUGACCAAUCAUUCUCGGUUCACUCCCUGGCACUUUCUAGCAUAAUCGGAGGUCCCCCCGAGACGCGAAAACAGCCGCACCGGUACAGGUCAUGGAGCAGGCAAUUUUCCGUCGUGGAGCUCCAUGACCAAUCAUUCUCGGUUCACUCCCUGGCACUUUCUAGCAUAAUCGGAGGUCCCCCCGAGACGCGAAAACAGCCGCACCGGUACAGGUCAUGGAGCAAGAAAUUUUCCGUCGUGGAGCUCCAUGACCAAUCAUUCUCGGUUCACUCCCUGGCACUUUCUAGCAUAAUCGGAGGUCCCCCCGAGACGCGAAAACAGCCGCACCGGUACAGGUCAUGGAGCAGGCAAUUUUUCGUCGUGGAGCUCCAUGACCAAUCAUUCUUGGUUCACUCCCUGGCACUUUCUAGCAUAAUCGGAGGUCCCCCCGAGACGCGAAAACAGCCGCACAGGUAUAGGUCAUGGAGCAGGCAAUUUUCCGUCGUGGAGCUCUAUGACCAAUCAUUCUCGGUUCACUCCCUGGCACUUUCCAGCAUAAUUGCAUAUCUCCCCGAGACGCGAAAACAGCCGCACCGGUACAGGUCAUGGAGCAGGCAAUUUUCUGUCGUGGAGCUCUAUGACCAAUCAUUCUCGGUUCACUCCCUGGCACUUUCCAGCAUAAUUGCAGGUCCCCCCGAGACGCGAAAACAGCCGCACCGGUACAGGUCAUGGAGCAGACAAUUUUCCGUCGUAGAGCUCCAUGACCAAUUAGUCUCGGUUCACUCCCUGUCACUUUCCAGCAUAAUCGGAGCCCCGAGACGCGAAAACAAUCGCACUGGUACAUGUCAUGGAGCAGGCAAUUUUCCGUCGUGGAGCUCCAUGACCCCACGAUCAUUCUCGGUUCACUCCCUGGCACUUUCCAGCAUAAUUGCAGGUCCCCCCGAGACGCGAAAACAGCCGCACCGGUACAGGUCAUGGAGCAGGCAAUUUUCUGUCGUGGAGCUCUAUGACCAAUCAUUCUCGGUUCACUCCCUGGCACUUUCCAGCAUAAUUGCAGGUCCCCCCGAGACGCGAAAACAGCCGCACCGGUACAGGUCAUGGAGCAGACAAUUUUCCGUCGUGGAGUUCCAUGUCCGAUCAUUCUCGGUUCACUCCCUGGCACUUUCCAGCAUAAUUGCAGGUCCCCCCGAGACGCGAAAACAGCCGCACCGGUACAGGUCAUGGAGCAAGAAAUUUUCCGUCGUGAAGCUCCAUGACCAAUCAUUCUCGGUUCACUCCCUGGCACUUUCUAGCAUAAUCGGAGGUCCCCCCGAGACGCGAAAACAGCCGCACCGGUACAGGUCAUGGAGCAGGCAAUUUUCCGUCGUGGAGCUCCAUGACCAAUCAUUCUCGGUUCACUCCCUGGCACUUUCUAGCAUAAUCGGAGGUCCCCCCGAGACGCGAAAACAGCCGCACCAGUAUAGGUCAUGGAGCAGGCAAUUUUUCGUCGUGGAGCUCAAUGACCAAUCAUUCUCGGUUCACUCCCUGGCACUUUCCAGCAUAAUUGCAGCCCCGAGACGCGAAAACAGCCGCACUGGUACAGGUCAUGGAGCAGGCAAUUUUUCGUCGUGGAGCUCCAUGACCAAUCAUUCUCGCCCCGAGACGCGAAAACAGCCGCACCGGUACAGGUCAUGGAGCAGGCAAUUUUCUGUCGUGGAGCUCUAUGACCAAUCAUUCUCGGUUCACUCCCUGGCACUUUCCAGCAUAAUUGCAGGUCCCCCCGAGACGCGAAAACAGCCGCACCGGUACAGGUCAUGGAGCAGACAAUUUUCCGUCGUGGAGCUCCAUGACCAAUCAUUCUCGGUUCACUCCCUGGCACUUUCCAGCAUAAUUGCAGGUCCCCCCGAGACGCGAAAACAGCCGCACUGGUACAGGUCAUGGAGCAGGCAAUUUUCCGUCGUGGAGCUCCAUGACCAAUCAUUCUCGGUUCACUCCCUGGCACUUUCCAGCAUAAUCGCAGGUCUCCCCGAGACGCGAAAACAGCAGCAGCGGUACAGGUCAUGGAGCAGGCAAUUUUCCGUCGUGGAGCUCCAUGACCAAUCAUUCUCGGUUCACUCCCUGGCACUUUCCAGCAUAAUCGAAGCCCUGAGACGCGAAAACAGCCGGACUAGUACAGGUCAUGGAGCAGGCAAUUUUCCGUCGUGGAGCUCCAUGACCAAUCAUUCUCGGUUCACUCCUUGCCCCGAGACGCGAAAACAGCCGCACCGGUACAGGUCAUGGAGCAAGCGAUUUUCCGUCGUGGAGCUCCAUGACCAAUCAUUCUCGGUUCACUGCCAAGCACUUUCCAGCAUAAUCGCAGGUCCCCCCGAGACGCGAAAACAGCCGCACUGGUACAGGUCAUGGAGCAGGCAAUUUUCCGUCGUAGAGCUCCAUGACCAAUCAUUCUCGGUUCACUCCCUGGCACUUUCCAGCAUAAUUGCAGGUCCCCCCGUGAUGCGAAAACAGCCGCACCGGUACAGGUCAUGGAGCAGGCAAUUUUCCGUCGUGGAGCUCCAUGACCAAUCAUUCUCGGUUCACUCCCUGGCACUUUCUAGCAUAAUCGCAGGUCUCCCCGAGACGCGAAAACAGCCGCACCGGUACAGGUCAUGGAGCAAGCAAUUUUCCGUCGUGGAGGUCCAUGAACAAUCAUUCUUGGUUCACUGCCAAGCACUUUCCAGCAUAAUCGCAGGUCCCCCCGAGACGCGAAAACAGCCGCACCGGUACAGGUCAUGGAGCAGGCAAUUUUCCGUCGUGGAGCUCCAUGACCAAUCAUUCUCGGUUCACUCCUUGGCACUUUCCAGCAUAAUCACAGGUCUCCCCGAGACGCGAAAACAGCCGCACCGGUACAGGUCAUGGAGCAGGCAAUUUUCCGUCGUGGAGCUCCAUGACCAAUCAUUCUCGGUUCACUCCCUGGCACUUUCUAGCAUAAUCGGAGGUCCCCCCGAGACGCGAAAACAGCCGCACCGGUACAGGUCAUGGAGCAAGAAAUUUUCCGUCGUGGAGCUCCAUGACCAAUCAUUCUCGGUUCACUCCCUGGCACUUUCUAGCAUAAUCGGAGGUCCCCCCGAGACGCGAAAACAGCCGCACCGGUACAGGUCAUGGAGCAGGCAAUUUUCCGUCGUGGAGCUCCAUGACCAAUCAUUCUCGGUUCACUCCCUGGCACUUUCUAGCAUAAUCGGAGGUCCCCCCGAGACGCGAAAACAGCCGCACCGGUACAGGUCAUGGAGCAAGAAAUUUUCCGUCGUGGAGCUCCAUGACCAAUCAUUCUCGGUUCACUCCCUGGCACUUUCUAGCAUAAUCGGAGGUCCCCCCGAGACGCGAAAACAGCCGCACCGGUACAGGUCAUGGAGCAGGCAAUUUUUCGUCGUGGAGCUCCAUGACCAAUCAUUCUUGGUUCACUCCCUGGCACUUUCUAGCAUAAUCGGAGGUCCCCCCGAGACGCGAAAACAGCCGCACAGGUAUAGGUCAUGGAGCAGGCAAUUUUCCGUCGUGGAGCUCUAUGACCAAUCAUUCUCGGUUCACUCCCUGGCACUUUCCAGCAUAAUUGCAUAUCUCCCCGAGACGCGAAAACAGCCGCACCGGUACAGGUCAUGGAGCAGGCAAUUUUCUGUCGUGGAGCUCUAUGACCAAUCAUUCUCGGUUCACUCCCUGGCACUUUCCAGCAUAAUUGCAGGUCCCCCCGAGACGCGAAAACAGCCGCACCGGUACAGGUCAUGGAGCAGACAAUUUUCCGUCGUAGAGCUCCAUGACCAAUUAGUCUCGGUUCACUCCCUGUCACUUUCCAGCAUAAUCGGAGCCCCGAGACGCGAAAACAAUCGCACUGGUACAUGUCAUGGAGCAGGCAAUUUUCCGUCGUGGAGCUCCAUGACCCCACGAUCAUUCUCGGUUCACUCCCUGGCACUUUCCAGCAUAAUUGCAGGUCCCCCCGAGACGCGAAAACAGCCGCACCGGUACAGGUCAUGGAGCAGGCAAUUUUCUGUCGUGGAGCUCUAUGACCAAUCAUUCUCGGUUCACUCCCUGGCACUUUCCAGCAUAAUUGCAGGUCCCCCCGAGACGCGAAAACAGCCGCACCGGUACAGGUCAUGGAGCAGACAAUUUUCCGUCGUGGAGUUCCAUGUCCGAUCAUUCUCGGUUCACUCCCUGGCACUUUCCAGCAUAAUUGCAGGUCCCCCCGAGACGCGAAAACAGCCGCACCGGUACAGGUCAUGGAGCAAGAAAUUUUCCGUCGUGAAGCUCCAUGACCAAUCAUUCUCGGUUCACUCCCUGGCACUUUCUAGCAUAAUCGGAGGUCCCCCCGAGACGCGAAAACAGCCGCACCGGUACAUGCCAUGGAGCAGGCAAUUUUCCGUCGUGGAGCUCCAUGACCAAUCAUUCUCGGUUCACUGCCUGGCUUUUUCUAGCAUAAUCGGAGGUCCCCCCGAGACGCGAAAACAGCCGCACCAGUAUAGGUCAUGGAGCAGGCAAUUUUCCGUCGUGGAGCUCUAUGACCAAUCAUUCUCGGUUCACUCCCUGGCACUUUCCAGCAUAAUUGCAGGUCCCCCCGAGACGCGAAAACAGCCGCACUGGUACAGGUCAUGGAGCAGGCAAUUUUUCGUCGUGGAGCUCCAUGACCAAUCAUUCUCGGUUCACUCCCUGGCACUUUCCAGCAUAAUUCGCUGUAGCCCCGAGACGCGAAAACAGCCGCACCGGUACAGAUCAUGGAGCAGGCAAUUUUCCGUCGUGGAGCUCCAUGACCAAUCAUUCUCGGUCAACUCCCUGGCACUUUCCAGCAUAAUCGCAGCCCCGAGACGCGAAAACAGCCGCACCGGUACAGGUCAUGGAGCAGACAAUUUUCCGUCGUGGAGCUCCAUGACCAAUCAUUAUCGGUCAACCCCUGGCACUUUCCAGCAUAAUCGGAGCCCCGAGACGCGAAAACAACCGCACCGGUACAGGUCAUGGAGCAGGCAAUUUUCCGUCGUGGAGCUCCAUGACCAAUCAUUCUCGGUUCACUCCCUGGCACUUUCCAGCAUAAUCGCAGUCCAUGACCAAUCAUUCUCGGUUCACUCCCUGGCACUUUCCAGCAUAAUUGCAGCCCCGAGACGCGAAAACAACCGCACUGGAAACUGGUCAUGGAGCAGGCAAUUUUCCGUCGUGGAGCUCCAUGACCAAUCAUUCUCGGUUCACUCCCUGGCACUUUCCAGCAUAAUUGCAGGUCAUGGAGCAGGCAAUUUUCCGUCGUGGAGCUCCAUGACCAAUCAUUCUCGGUUCACUCCCUGGCACUUUCCAGCAUAA